ACAUUCAAAGAAAUAGUAUUGUUGAACAAAAUUAUCAAAAAUAUUAGGAAUAGACAAAAAKGUAAAGAUUARCGAAGAUUUCCCGAGACACCUCCGACAGAARAUUGAUCGAUGUUUUAGUGUCCAGCGCCAUGCUUAUUUUGAUGUGAGCUCGAYAAAUGGGAUCAAAGAAGAAGAAAGGAGGAGAGACAUGGGAAAAAGGAGAGGAUUCUUUGCAGGGCGUAAUUCUAGCAGAUAGCUUUAAUUUCAAAUUCUUACCAAUCUCAUUGGAAAAYCCGAGGGCUUUGCUACCAUUAGUGAAUUGUCCCUUACUGGACUAUACCAUAGAAUUCCUGGUAGAGGCUGGUGUAGAGGAAAUAUUUGUAUUUUGCUGUGCACAUGCUGACCAGAUUGUCAAACAUCUAAGUAACUCUAAAUGGACAGGACCAAGGUCACAGUGUGAGAUUCAUACAGUAGUUGUCGAAGACUGUUUAUCUACUGGUGAUGCCUUAAGAGAAAUUGAUAGAAAGUCUCUCAUCAGGUCCGACUUCAUUCUAGUCAGUGGUGAUGUAGUYUCAAAUAUGAAGUUAGAACAAGUUUUGAAUGAACACAAAGUCAGGAAAAAAGAAAAGGCAUCUAUUAUGACCAUGGUAUUUAAAACUGCUAACCCWGGACACAGAACCAGGUGUAGAGAYGAUGAUACAGUAGUUGCUUUAGAUUCUUCAACUAACAGAGUGUUGCACUGUGAAAGGACAAAGAAACGAAAAAGAUUUGCUUUUCCUCUGAGUCUGUUUGCUGACAAUCCAAACAUUCAGUUACGAUAUGAUCUUCUUGACUGUAAUAUAUGUAUUUGCUCCACUCAGGUUCCUCAUCUGUUUACAGAUAAUUUUGAUUACCAAACAAGACAUGAUUUUAUCAAAGGAAUCCUAGUCAAUGAAGAGAUUAUGGGCAACCAAAUCCAUUGUCAUAUUAUUAARGAUACUUAUGCUGCUAGAGUGUCCAACCUGUACAUGUAUGAUGUUGUUUGCAAAGAUAUUUUACACCGAUGGGCAUAUCCUAUUGUACCUGAUAAUAGUUCAUUCUUCAUGGAAGAUUCUUAUAACUACACAAGGCAUAAUGUAUACCUAGAUAAAGACUUAUCUCUUGCAAGGGGCUGCAUAAUAAAAGAAAAUUUAGCCAUUGGCUGUGGUACAUCAGUUGGAACAGGKACUCUCAUCUCAAACUCUGUUAUUGGAAAGAACUGUGUUAUAGGUGAUAAUGUCCAUAUACAAGGAGCUCAUUUAUGGGAUAAUGUUGUCAUUSAAAACGACUGUCACAUUACAGACUCCAUACUGUGUACUGGGGUUCAUAUCAAGAAAAAUGUCACUAUCAGUGGUGGGUCUUUGAUCUCAUUCAAUGUUGUAAUAGGACCUGACAUUACUCUCAAGCCAAGAGCAAAAAUAACAUUAAAACAGAAAGAAGAAGAUGACGACUUUGGUAUGGAUGAUCUUAGUCUGGAAGAUAAAAAAGAAAAUGAGAAAGAUACAGGUUUUAAUCCAGAGGAAGUUGGCAGUGAAGGCCAAGGCUAUGUAUGGCUUGACGACAAUGAUUCAAUGAGUGAUGAUGAUGAAGAUCAAGUACAAGAUAUAUGGGGUACUGAACAUCAAAGUUCAAGUGAAGAUGAUAUUUCUUCAAUUAUGAGUGAAGAAAGUGAUGCCCCUGAAAGUCCACCACCCGAAGACUCCAGAUUAUUCUAUGAUGAAGUGCUUGAAACCAUACGCCAUGGUGUUGCCGAUAAAGUAUCUCCAGACAACAUGAUCCUUGAGAUCAAUGCCUCUAAGUUUGCGUACAAUGUAACUUUCCGUGAUGUUAAUCAAUCUAUGGUGAAGGCACUUCUUGAYUCAUCUCUCUCUGAUAGUUCAAUGGAUAAAAAACAACAAGCUCAAUCACUAAAAAAGACUAUUGGCCAUCUCAAGCCUGUGUUAGAAAACUAUAUCAAAGAUGUGGAUGGUCAGAAAGACUUGAUCAACUAUGCUGAGGAGUUCUUUGCGCACAAUCAAUGGUGUAACGCCAUGUUACAGAUUUACCUCCAUGUGCUAUACAAUGAAGAUAUCUUAGACGAGGCAGUGAUACUCAGUUGGCAUAGCAACCCAGGAACACAUGACGACCAUGUCGUAGAGUCACAAAAGAAGCCACUCAGAGAAAUGGUCUCUCCUUUUAUCAAGUGGCUACAAGAAGCAGAAGAAGAAAGUGAAGACGAUGAUGAUGACUAAAUAACAAAAAAAUGAUGAAAGCUUAUAAAAUAUGUUUAGUAAAGGCAUAAAUAAAUUAUUUCAAUGGA